AAAAUAAUGAUAAUUAAUAAUAAUUUCAGUAGCCAAGAUGGCGUCAAAGGAAAACAGACGUAACGUCAUCAAUCUGCGCAACUUCCUAGGUCAUUGGACUGGCAUGGCUGUCUUCAUGUCUGUAACGCUUGGUUAAAUUGGAAAGCAUAUUAACGGUCUGAUACAAGACUAAACAGCGAUUAUUAGCUAUGCCACGUUAUGAACUUUCUCUUAUUCUCAAGGCCAUGCAAAGGCCGGAGACAGCCGCUGCUCUUCGACGUACGGUUGAGACCUUGAUGCAACGGGGCGCCAUAGUCAGGGAUUUGGAAAACCUCGGCGAAAGAAGGUUACCAUACAAGAUGUCCAAACACAACUUGCGACACACACGUGGCGGGUAUUUUCUAAUUGACUUUUAUGGUUCUCCAAGUAUGGUCGGCGAUUUGCUUGAUCACCUUGAACGUGAUGUGGACGUUGUGAGACCCACCGUUUUAAAGAAGGAAGAGCCUCCACAAAUUGUGUCGUACUGUUGCAGCGCUCCAUCCUCUAAACCUGGCAGUACCUCUUCAAGCCAUGGUUCCUAGAAGUCUUCCCGUUUGAACCCCAUCUUCAAGCCAUCUAAACGUUUCUGUGUUGUCUCUUGAUGUCUGUUGGAAACAACACAAAUGAAUAAAUUACAGUUGUAUAUGUGACGUCAUUUUGUCCGUGGUCCUCCUACCCUAACGUAAUCCAGAAUUACAAAAUCAACAUGCCGAUGCCAAGAAUCAUUACGUUUACAAAGGCCUGUUUAAUAUUUUCUGUACUUCUGCUUUGGUGAAACAACUCAAUUAUAUACAGAAGACAUAAAUAGACAACAUGUUCCUUUAUUCAGAGACAUACCAAGGCUAAAACAAAUGCAUGUUAAUUUAAUUAAAGUAGCAACAUGUGAGACAGUUUUCCCCUAUAUGUUUAACCAACUAUUGGUAUGAUCUUUAAUUUAAUUUUAGGUUAAAAAAUUAAUUAGUUUAAUUGUAGGUCGUGAAGGAGACAAACUGUCCUUCCCGCAUGGUUAUGCACUAUAGUUCAGUCCUACAUCAACAUGUAAGAAAAGUUUUGACUGCACAACAUUGCCACAUUUUUAUGCCUUAGUAUGAUAGUUUGAAACUAAAAACUCUUGUCAUGUUGCAUUAAAGGACAAUUGAACAAUAUAAUAUAUGGAUUAUCCAGUGUUUCUAUAUAAAAUUUAAAUUUCACUUAGUCAAGUUAAACUUUCUGUUAAUUUUCUGCCACAUAACUUCACUUUGGAGAGGGGGGUCAACCUGAAUGGCGUACAAUAACACAGACGAACUUUGAAAAAGAUGUGUGUAUGUAAAUAAAACCAAAUCUUUUAAACUUUA